AUGACCACGCUAUUAGAACUUUGCCGUAAAUAUUUCAACACUGAAAAUCUAUACGAGGUGUUGAAGACGAAAAAAGAUGCCACGGAUAAAGAAGUUCGUAAAGCGUAUUACGUUUUGUCAAUGAAAUACCAUCCUGACAAAGUAACUGAAAACGAAAAAACUGAAGCUACUGAAAAAUUUAAAGUUAUCAGUCGAAUUCAUGCACUGCUAAAUGAUGCUGACAAGAGAAAGCUUUAUGAUGACGCUGGAUGUGUUGGCGAUGAUAUUGACCCCAACUCUGCUACUGAAGACUUCCCUUGGGAAACUUAUUGGAGUUCAAUUUUUAGAAAAAUUACUGACAACGAAAUCAGAGAUUAUGAAUUGAAGUAUAAAGGUUCUGAUGAUGAAAAAAGAGAUCUUAAAAAAGGAUAUUUAGCAGGAAAAGGAGAUAUGGAAUUUAUUAUAAACAUGGUUCCAUUUAGUUCUGUGUAUGAGGAAGAUCGUCUUCGUGAGAUUUUAGGAAAAAUCAUUGAAGAAGAAGAUUUACCAAGAUUUAAAGCAUUUAGCAAUGAACCUCCUUCAAAAAAAAGAAAAAGAUUAGCAAAAGCUAAAAGAGAAGAAGCCCAAUGCACAAUAGAAGUAGAAAAAGAGAAAAAAAAUAAUUCUAAUGAUUUAAUGUUGGCUAUUAAAAAGCGAUCAGCUGAACGUGAACAACAAAUGGAUAAUUUUAUUGCUAGAAUGGAGGCAAAAUAUUGUACACCCAAAAAAACCAAAAAAAAUUCUAAAAAGACUUAA